AUGCACCUCCUCCCGCCCUCGCUCCUCCUCUUCUGCCACCUCGCCCUCAGCACCGGCUCCCCCUCCCCCCCACUCCUCACCUCCGACUAUGCCAUCUCGCUCGCCCCGCGCAACACGCUCUUCUUCCGGCAGCUCACGGACCUGCAGACGUUCGACGCCGCGCUGGGCGGCGUCCGCGCCUCGUCCAUCACCAACAGCGGCGUCCCGGACCGUCCGUUUGCCGUCGACGGCAACUAUUUCUCUGAUUUCCAGAGCGCGGCGCAGAGGAGUUGCGACGAGCAGUUUCAGGGCUGUCAGUUGCUGGCGAAUGGCCAGGGUCAGGAUGGCCAGGGGAAGGGGAAGGGCAAGGGCAAGGGCAAGGGGGGUGCUGGGCCGUUGACGGUCGACAUGUGUAAUCAGCAGAAAGAGAAAUGCACGGCUGCGCAGCAACAGGCUAGAGUCCAGGACUUUAAGACGGGCGUGCCCAGUACGAAUAUUGGGCCUGAUCCGCUGUUUUCUGACUUUGAUUUGAUAUGUGAGAGGUAG